CCUGUAGUUUUUUCAAGUGAAAAAAUAAAGCGCGGAAAUUCACAAAACUCGUAGGUCGGUUAAAUAAGCAAUAGCAAGUGUUGCGAGAACGUUUAAUGCAUUCUGGAAAGUAAUUAUAAUUAAAUGUUAUGCACUAUGUUCAUUGCUAUCGCUUUUCUCAUUGAAAUGAAUGGAAAUAAAUUAGCUGCUCUCGCUCAGCAAUCAGCAGCAACAGCAGCAACAACAACAACGGGGUGCGAGUGUGUGAGUGGUACAGUUGGGUAGAAAAACAUCGCCAUUGUCGUCGCUCUUUCAGGGCUGCCACUACAGUACACUGUUGCCACCACUGCGAUAAACGCCACUUCUGCUCUCUGUUGCGUUCAGUUGCGCAGUUACCAACUUAAGUUGCAUUAAAUCGGGACGAGGCAAUAAAAACAAUAAUCGAAAUAAAAUAUACUGCAUUGUUUUUGCCACACGCAGGCGGUUAAAAUACAACAAAUAAAUUAUAAACAGGGACGUAUUUAUCCCACGCAAUCGAAAAUUCUGCCCCAGAGCUCGCUCUCUGUGUAGUGAAAGUGCGAGAGAAAAAUAAAUUAGCAUUGUGCGAAAAACAAAACUUGAAAAAAUGUAAAGCCAUUCUUGGAUCCCAUGAAAGAUGCCAGCUGAAAAAAAGACGGAUGCUGAGAUUGGAAAGACUCGUCCGUGCAUUGUUUACGUGAAGAAUCUGCGGGAAGGACAUCUACCAUCGGUUGCCGCCACUGGAGCAGCAGCCGUUAAAUCGAAAUCAAUUAAAACACUCCCACAUAGAAGCGUCGCCAUUACCGCCCAACCAAGCGCCACAAUCCCAAGACGCGCGACGCGCACCUCUCAACGGGCCACGACCAUUACGGCUGAGAUCGGUGUUGGCAGCAAGGCGCGACAGCGUGUGGCCCUAGAAAAGGACAAGCUGUCUUCUCCAGCAUCUUUGGUUGCCGCCAGGCGGUUGCGUCAAUCCAAGGGGGAUUCGAUGCCCAUCACACCCCAUCUCACACGGAGGCCACCACCAUCUGCGGCAGCAUCGGCGUCACCAUCGCCACCCAAAUCAGCAGCGAUACUGCCCGCCAAAAGGUUGAUGGGAACAGGCCUGGCCGCCAAGCGACGCAACUCGGCAGUACCAUCGGCAGCAGCAGCACCAGCGGCCAAGCAUCUCACCCCGCUGGCGACCAACACAAUGCGCCGGACCCUAGCCGGUCGGCGGGCGACACAGACACAGGAGAUCAUCUCUCCCAAGACACAGAAGAUGUACAAGCAAGCAAAGGUUUCACAGGUGGUGUCUGUGUCGCCGCCGCCGACGAUUGCCGCCAGUCGUUCGCGUCGCUCCAUCAAACCGAAUCCCAAGUAUGCCAGCGAGGACGUGGUCACGCCAAAGUACGUGGCCUCUCUGGCUGGCGGCGACACGCCCGCGUCGCGCCAUCAAAGCGGCAACUCCAAUUCGAAGGCCUAUCCCACCAGCAAAUAUAACUAUAUGCACGAUCUGCUCGAUCUGGACGAGGACAACGACGACGAGCUGAACGAUGUGGCCUACAAUCCGCAAAUGCACAAGUCCGAUGACGACGAUGAUGACAUGAGCGAGGAUGAGUACCAGGAGGAGAUGCGGCACGAGAAACAGCCGACGCCAGUGCAGCCCGUGAAGCGUGGACGUGGACGUCCGCCCAAAUCGGCAAAUGCAUCGGCCUCCACACCCGCCGCCGCCAGUCCGGCGCAGUCCAAGCUGACGGCGAGUGCCGGGCGGCCCGCGACGAAUAUGCAGCAAUUGCGACGCCACACUGCUGUGAGCAUGAACAGUCGCAGCAAUCUGACCACGGGAUCGGAGGGAGCCGCCAAGCGUAAGCUGGAGGAUGCCACAGACAGUCCCGUGGCACGCAAGCGAAUGGUUUUGUCUACCGGCGGAGCCAAUCGCAGUGCGCCAGUGGUCAAUGGAGCCGGCAGCGGCAGCAAGCUCACAUCUGCUGCCACUCCUGUGGGCAGGGCCAAAACUCUCGUCGGCAGCAACAGUGGGCAGCGAACAGCACCUACAUCGGCGACGACGGGGAGACUGAUUAACAAACAGAGGCCGGCAGGCACAACGACGACCAAGAAGAUGAAUAGCUCCACGACAGCAGCAGCAGCAGCAACGUCCUCAGUGAGAAUUAGCAGCGCUAAGUCGGUGGCUGCCACUGCGGCGGAGCGAGAGAGCGGCGGCAACAGCAAGAUAAACGAUGAUGUGCCCACAUUUACCAUUGUGAAUAUCAAUGACAUUAUCAACCAGGAUGAUGUGCUCAUCAGUCGGACAAACAAUGCCACGUCGAGCACUUUGAAUGCCGCCAGCAAGAAGUUAUCGGUGGGUCGACCCAGGGCACGGAUCCAUAACACAAGCACAGGCUCGGGAUCAGCAACACAGACCACCUCCGGAUCGAGUCCGACAAGUAAUAGUAGCUCACCGCAGGGCGGCUUUAGUCCACCCAAACGGGUCAAGGCUUCGGCCACGUUCAACAAGAAGCAGCAGCAGCAGACGCAAACGCAGCAGAAUCAGGCCAAGCCGCGUCCCCGUAUACUCAAUGCAGAGAUGGGCAAAAAGGCAAAGCCCAUAAAGCCGCUGCUGAGCAUGGGCAAAGAGCUGUAUCCGACGGAUGUCGAUACCGAGGAGGAUGAUAUCGACAUUGAUCUAGAUCUCGAUGAGAGUGAGGCCGACAUAAAACUAUCACCGCCACUUCCACCGCGCCGUGUGAUCCCAGUAGCGGCUACGACUGCCAAUGCGGCUGCGACCAAUCGGGGAAGCCAGGCGGCGGCAGCAGCCCCAGCUAAGUAUAAGCCACGUCGGCCAAUACUGUCCUCGAAUGCCACCACAAAUAGCAGUCGAAACUAUGCGGCGGGCGAUCGCAAGCUGUCCAAGCUGCUGGGCGAGGACAGUGAGGAGAGCUUCAAGAAGCCACCCAUCAACGCGAAUGCUUUACCGCAGCAGCAGCGUUACAGUAAAGAGAACAAGGCUAGCGCUGCCAUUGUCAACAAGGAUCAGGAUAGCGAAACCGAUGAGGCCGAUGGCCAUGACGAGGACUCGGAAGAGGUGGAGAAUGAGAUGGAGAACAAGGUGAAGAAGAAGCCAAAUUACUUUCCUAAAGAGACAACCACGGUGCGGGAGGAGGAUGGCCGUGUCAUCAAGAAGAUCACCUGCUACGAGACCUGGCACGUGAUCAGCAAGCCCAGUGAUUCGCCGGAAAAGACGCGCCAUCAGCGUACGCUGCUGGAGCUGCCGCUCGUUAAGCUGGCCAAUGUGGCUGCACGCAUCAAGAUGCCAUCGGUGAAGUGGAGCAGCAAGGUGACGCUCUACAAGGUGUCGCCGACGCUGAUGCAGCUACAGACAAUGACCAUAUUCACCGGCGAUCUGAAGGUGUACAACAUACCCGAAGAGGAUCGGCACAAAUAUCAGCCAUCGUGUGUACUCUUCCGUCGCCUCGUCGUCGACCGUAGCAAGUGCCGGGUGCCGUACGAUCGGGCCAUCAUAUUCAAGAAUCGAUGCUUCUAUGCGAACAUCGAUGGUAAGCAUGUCAAUCUGAUGGGUGCCCCCGAGACGGUGGCCUGCAUGAAGGAUGUCGAAAUACUGCUGGACAUUGUGGACACGCUCGAUCUGAACAGUCAACUCGUGGAGAUGGUCAACUCAAAGUAGGGGCCCAGCAGAGCAUGGAAGCUGCAGUGAUGCAAUCAAAUGUACUAUAAAACGACGGCAGAACGAAUUAGGAGAUCAUCCCAGAGCUGGCAAGAACGAAGGAAGAAAGGAAGGGAUAUGCAUAUAGCUAUCCUCCACCCCACGGUAUAAAUGAAUGUAGGCUUCUGAUUAAGGGUUUUUUUUUAUAUACAUGUCGAGAUUGGAUUACGUUAGUUUUUAAUAGUUGCUUUAGCAUAAUUAUUAGCUGGUUGGUGUUUUUGCCACUAACACA